CGUAGUUAAAACGUGUAGACUGUUUGUUAGUUCGAAAUUUAAUUUAAAAGUUCUUUUUUUAAGAAUACUUUUUCGCUAAAAAGGAAGCCGAAAUCCAAUUUUCAAUUUUCCAAUUCGUGAAUUACAAAUAGCAAGAGUUUUUUUUUUGACAAGUGCGAAACGUUAGUGCUAUUUGUUUUAGCUGUCCGUGAUUUACAACUGCCACGAAAAGUAAUAAAAAAUUCAUGGUAUAGGUAAAAGCGUACCAAAUAAAGAGCACCUUUCUGUGCAUUCUCAUUGGCGGAAAAGUGUAUUUUAACACCUUGAUUCAAAUGUAAAUUUGAAUGACGGAUCAGAGAGGACCCACUUUGGGUUAUUAUUACAAUUGUAAGGAACUGCGAUAUACCAGCAGAAAUCAAUGUAUAUAACGUAAAUUAAUCACACUUUAGACAAUCGUACAUCGGAGACAGUUCCUCAUAAUGUUUAUAGAGGAGCUUGUGGAGAGAGAGAAUAAUUGUUCUCGCAAUGGCGAAUUUUGAUAUUUUCUUCAUGACAUUGUGGGAGCCGGAUGGUGUUUUGAAGAAAAAAAGCUCAAGUUUACAAUAAGAAGAAAUCAUCAGCAAAUCAAGUCGUGCGUCACGGCACAAGUGAGCACAAUGGCUGAAAACUCCGUUGUCGAUGCUUUGAUAACAAUUUUAUCCGUACUAAUCGUGCUUGCCAAUGUGACCAUAUGCCUUCUGGUCGUCACCAACAGAUCUCUUCGGACGUACACCAAUGGAUUUCUUGUGUCGCUGGCAGUGUCCGACAUUUUACUGGGAGGUGUGCUGUUCCCGGUAAUUCUCACGACCCCGGAGUCGAUUGCCAGUGGAUAUCUGAUCUCGGUGGUCUUGUUGUCAGGAGUGGCCAAUCAUUGCUGCAUCACAUUUGAUCGAUUCAUCGCUGUCCGCCAUCCAUUCUUUUAUGCAUAUCUAACAGAAAAAUACUUUACGCAAAUGCUGCUGACAGCCUGGAUCGUGGCAGUUGCGUUCUCUCUGCUUCCACUGUGUUGGAACACCGACCACACGCUUCCCAUCCAUCAAGGUUACAUCUUCGUUGAAAUAUUGGUGUUUGUCUUCAUUCCGUACCUGCUCAUUUUUAUCGCUUAUUGCUUGAUUUUCACGAAGUUCCGCGAGCACUUCAAACUGCUAAAAGAGACGAAUGUCUCCAUACCAAGACGGGAACAAACCAGGAGGCUUGCCACGGAAGCAAAAAUUGCUAAAGUGUGUCUUAUCCUGAUCGCCACGUUUGUACUCUGUUGGUUGCCAAUCAUCUACAUGACUUCUGCAACAGCGGUUGGUAGGUUCGAAAUCGUACCUGUUAUUCUACAAACUGUUUCUAAAUUUACACUAGCUUUGUCGUCUUUGAUAAACCCUCUACUUUAUUCUUUUAAGAAGGAAGACUUCAGAAAUGCGCUGAAGAAGGUUUUAAAGCGAAAUGCGAACGGGCAGAUUCAUCCGGCUGUUACAGGGAACAAUAUUCAGCCCGUGCAGGAAUUGAACAUGACUCAGUGUGGUACAGGUUUACAGUAAGGAAAAGUACUCUAUUCCAGUAACUAGAUGUCACAUGUCAUUGGUUAACUUGAAGGCGCUUGACUGCCAUUUUUUUGUUGUUUCGUAUUCGGGAAUCUUAAUAUGAUUGCAUGCUUAAAAGUGGUAAUAUGACACCAAGUUUUGGUGGCUGACCGCAAAAACGUCAAUCAAUCAAUCAAUCAAUCAAUCAAUCAAUCAAU